CCUCGUCCUCAUCGAUCAGCUCUGAGAGUGUCUCUCUCUCUUCUUCCUCUGCUGACUGGCAUAACAUAAUCCUCUAGCUCAAUCAUUCUGCACUGGUCCCUUCGCAUUCCAUUCCAAUCUCGCAUCCGUUCGAUCCGCGAGUCUUCUCCUAAGCCACCACUCCCCCUGUGACGUACCGCGGUUCGUCCCACUCGCAGUUAGGCACUAUAUAAACAGAAGCCCUACACUGCCCCCCCUUUCCACCCCUAUUUCAGCGCCGAACUCGCCAUCUUCGGUUCUUCUAGAAUCUUUCUACAUGCUUCAAACAUCUGUGAGCAAACACAGCUGAGUGUGAUAACCAAAACAUGGCCUCCGUCACAUCCCUGGAUAAGGACUUGCGCAAUCUGCGCUUGUCCCGCUAUACCCCGCAAGCAGCCGCGGAAAUCCGCAGCUGGAUCGAAGAAGUGCUCCAUGACAAACUCCCAGCAGGAGAUCUUCUAGAAGCUCUGAAAGAUGGAGUGGCUCUUUGCAGACUCGUAAACCUCGCCGUUUCGCCGGGUGUCAAAUACAAACAGUCAUCCAUGCCGUUCGUGCAGAUGGAAAACAUCUCUCACUUCCUGCGCGCCUGCCAAAUGCCACCUCUCAGCCUGCCCCCGCAUGACGUAUUCCUGACUGUCGAUCUCUACGAGGCCAAGGACCCCGCCCAGGUGCUUCAAUGCCUGACCUCGUUCAGUCGACGGGCCAACGCUCUCCAGCCUAGCAAAUUCCCUCACGCCAUUGGCCCCCAGUCCAAGGGCAGCUCGCUCAGUCCACAUGUGACGGGGUCCAGCCAGGGAGGUGCCUAUACCCCCACUAAGUCGCUCGGACUGGGCGGUAGCAAUUCGGGUCAUUCCAGCCCAGCACGAUCUCCGCAGCCUGUCAGCACCUGGAGCAAGAAGUCGGACGAGCACAGCACGGCUCCGGCCUGGAACAUCCACCAAUACGGCUACAUGGGCGGAGCCAGCCAGGGCAACCAGGGUGUUGCGUUCGGCGCGCGGCGCCAGAUCACCACCGCCGCGCCCCACGUCCCCAGUCUAGCGGAGAAGGAGAAGCGCCGGCGGGACGAGGAGGAGAGAAAACGGCGGCAGGAGCUGGAGGACCAGCGGCGCCGGCAACAGCAGCAGGAAGUCGAUGAAGAGCAGGCCCGUCUCGAGGAAGAACGUCGCUGGGAGGAAGAGACGGCGCGGACGCGCGAACAGGAGCGCCUGCAGGUGGAGGCGGAGCGCCAACGCUGGGACCAGCAACAGCGCCAGUGGCAAGAGGAGGAGGACAAGCGCCAGCAGGAGGAGCGCGAGACGGAGGCACGACUGGAGAAGGAGCGACUCCAGCGCCGCGAAGCGCAGGACAGCCGCCUCAACGGCCAGUUUCUCAGCCAGUACCAAGCCAGC